AUGGACAGGUCCCUCCUGAGGGGCCUCCCCGUGCUGUUCUGCUGCUUUAGAGUACUAUCUGGAUCGUUUUUAGAUAGAGAGUAUACAGAAUGGACCCUCUACAAUAAGCACCUCUACAUCGAUAAAAGCCAGUUUCUUCAAUCUAUCCAGUGCAAGAUGUGCCACAUCAAGUUUCCGGGACAAAAAUGCACCAAAGGCAGGGGCAUAUGCUUGGCAACCACAGAGGAGGCCUGCACAGUUGGGACGGUUGUUAAAAGUGACGGUACUCCGUGGUUGACCUUCAUGGGCUGCCUGAAGAACUGUGCUAACGUGAACAACAUCAAAUGGAGUAUCUACUUUGUGAACUUCCGGUGCUGCAGGAGCCAUAACUUUUGUAAUGAACAGAUCUAG